AAUACUAAUCUCAAAUGUUAGAUUAUAGCAUAGGAAAAAGAUGCAAUUAUAGUAUUUGUAAGCAAUAGGAUUUUCUUCCAUUUACAUGUUAAUUGUGUAAUUGUGCAUUUUGUUCUGAACAUCGUACACCAGAGGCUCAUGAAUGCUCUAAACAAACAAUUAAAAAGUAAGCCAUUAUUUGUCCAAUUUGCAAUAAAGGAAUCAGUUAUACAUCAGAACAAAAUGAAAAUAUUAUAUGGGAAUAACAUUUCUUAAAGGAAUGCACUUAAUAACCAUAAGAGAAAAAGCUUUGUUCAAUCUGCAAUAUUAAAUUAACAUCUUUAAAUAGUGUCUAAUGUAAAGAUUGUGGUCUGAUUGUUUGUCUUAAACAUAGAUAAAAAGAAGAUCAUAAAUGUCCAACUUUAUUAUGGACUGAAAGAAAAUAAUACAAGAAUAUUCCAGAAACAUAAAACAUUUAAAAACCAAAAAUAUAAGACAUUUCUAACAAUAAUUAGCAUCAAUAAAUCUCUAAAUAACAAUAACCUCAAUAAGAUAAUGGCCUAGAAAUUUGUCCUAUUUGUGGAAAAAGCUUUCCUUACAUUAUGCAACUUAUUCGCCAUUCAGAAAUUCAUAAUUCUUGA